AUGAUUGCUCUGUCCAAAUAUCUCUCUUUACCCUGGUCUGUUCAAAUUUCUCUCUCUCUAUCUUGGUCUGUUCAAAUCUCCCCCCCUCUCUCUCUCUCUCUCUCUCUCUCUAGCUCAGGUCUGUUCAAAUCUUUCUCUCUAUCCCGGUCGGUUCAAAUCUCUCUCUCUCUCAAAUCCUUGUCUGUUCAAAUGUCUCUCUCUAUCCUGGUCUGUUCAAACCUCUCUCUCUCUACAAUCCAUGUCUGUUCAAAUCUCUCUCUAUCCUGGUCUGUUCAAAUGUCUCCUCUCUCUCGGUGUGUUCAAAUCCCCUCUCUAUCUCUCUCUAUCCAUGUCUGUUCAAUUCUCUCUCUAUCCUGGUCUGUUCAACUUCUCUCUCUCUCUCCUGUCUCUCUCUCUCUCCUGGUCUGUUCAAAUCUCUCUCUCUAUCUUGGUCUGUUCAAAUCUCUCUCUAUCUUGGUCGGUUCAAAUCUCUCUCUCUAUCCUGGUCUCUUCAAAUAUAUCUCUCUCUCUAUCCUGGUCUGUUCAAAUCUCUCUCUCUCUCUCUAUCCUGGUCUGUUCAAAUCUCUCUCUCUCUCUCUCUCUCUCUCUCUCUCUCUCUCUAUCUUGGUCUCUUCAAAAUAUAUCUCUCUUUCUCUCUAUCCUGGUCUGUUCAAAUCUCUCUCUCUCUAUCUUGGUCGGUUCAAAUCUCUCUCUCUAUCCUGGUCUGUUCAAAUUUAUCUCUCUUUCUAUCGUGGUCUCUCAAAAUCUCUCCUAUCCUGGUCUGUUCAGAAUCCUGGUCUGUUCUCUCUCUCUCUCUCUCUAUCCUGGUCUGUUCAAAUCUCUCUCUCUCUAUCCUGGUGUGUUCAAAUUUCUCUCUCUCUCUAUCCUGGUCUGUUCAAAUCUCUCUCUCUCUCUAUCUCUCUCUCUCUCUCUCCUUGGUCUGUUCAAAUCUCUCUCUCUCUCCUGGUGUGUUCGUCUCUCUCUCUCUCUCUCUCUCUAUCCUGGUCUGUUCAAAUCUCUCUUUCUAUCUCUCUCUCUAUCCUCCUGGUCUGUUCAAAUCUCUCUCUAUAUCCUGGGUGUGUUCAAAUUUCUCUCUCUCUCUCUAUCCUGGUCUGUUCAAAUCUCUCUCUCUCUCUCUCUCUCUCUACUCUGUUCAAAUCUAUCUCACUCUCCUGUGUUCUCUCUCUCUAUCCUGGUCUGUUCUCUCUCUCUCUCUGGUCUGUUCAAAUCUCUCUCUCUAUCCUGGUGUGUUCAAAUCUCUCUCUCUCUCUCUAUCCUGGUCUGUUCAAAUCUCUCUCUCUCUCUAUCUCUCUCUCUCUCUCCUGGUCUGUUCAAAUCUCUCUCUCUAUCCUGGUGUGUUCAAAUCUCUCUCUCUCUCUCUCUCUAUCCUGGUCUGUUCAAAUCUCUCUCUUUCUAUCUCUCUCUCGCUCUCUCCUGGUCUGUUCAAAUGUCUCUCUCUCUAUCCUGGUCUGUUCAAAUCUCUCUCUCUCUCUCUCUAUCCUGGUCUGUUCAAAUCUCUUUUUCUCUCUCUCUCUCUCUCCUGGUCUGUUCAAAUGUCUCUCUCUAUCCUGGUCUGUUCAAAUGUCUCUCUCAUCCUGGUCUGUUCAAAUCUCUCUCUCUCUCUCUCUAUCCUGGUCUGUUCAAAUCUCUCUCUCUAUCUCUCUCUCUCUCUCUAUCCUGGUCUGUUCAAAUCUCUCUCUCUAUCCUGGUCUGUUCAAAUCUCUCUCUCUCUCUCUCUAUCCUGGUCUGUUCAAAUCUCUCUCUUUCUAUCUCUCUCUCGCUCUCUCCUGGUCUGUUCAAAUCUCUCUCUCUAUCCUGGUGUGUUCAAAUCUCUCUCUCUCUCUCUAUCCUGGUCUGUUCAAAUCUCUCUCUUUCUAUCUCUCUCUCGCUCUCUCCUGGUCUGUUCAAAUGUCUCUCUCUAUCCUGGUCUGUUCAAAUCUCUCUAUCUCUCUCUAUCCUGGUCUGUUCAAUUCUCUCUCUCUAUCCUGGUCUGUUCAGUUCUCUCUCUUCUCUCUCUCUCUCUCUCUCUAUCCUGGUCUGUUCAAAUCUCUCUCUCUAUCCUGGUCUGUUCAAAUCUCUCUCUCUCUAUCUUGGUCUGUUCAAAUCUCUCUCUCUCUAUCUUGGUCGGUUCAAAUCUCUCUCUCUAUCCUGGUCUCUUCAAAUAUAUAUCUCUCUCUUUCUCUCUAUCCUGGUCUGUUCAAAUCUCUCUCUCUCUCUCUCUCUCUCUAUCGUGUUCUGUUCAAAUCUCUCUCUCUCUCUCUCUAUCCUGGUCUGUUCAAAUCUCUCUCUCUAUCCUGGUCUGUUCAAAUCUCUCUCUCUCUCUAUCCUGGUCUAUUCAAAUCUCUCUCUCUCUCUAUCUUGGUCUCUUCAAAUAUAUAUCUCUCUCUUUCUCUCUAUCCUUGUCUGUUCAAAUCUCUCUCUCUAUAUCUUGGUCGGUUCAAAUCUCUCUCUCUAUCUUGGUCUGUUCAAAUUUCUCUCUCUCUCUCUCUAUCGUGGUCUGUUCAAAUCUCUCUCUCUCUCUAUCCUGGUCUGUUCAGAUCUCUCUCUCUCUCUAUCCUGGUCUGUUCAAAUCUCUCUCUCUCUAUCCUGGUCUGUUCAAAUCUCUCUCUCUCUCUCUCUCUGUCGUGGUCUGUUCAAAUCUCUCUCUCUCUCUCUAUCCUAUCCUGGUGUGUUCAAAUCUCUCUCUCUCGCUAUCCUGGUCUGUUCAAAUCUCUCUCUCUCUCUCCUGGUCUGUUCAAAUGUCUCUCUCUAUCCUGGUCUGUUCAAAUCUCUCUCUCUCUCUCUCUCUCUAUCUCUCUCUCUAUCUCUCUAUUUAUCUCUCUCUAUCCUGGUCUGUUCAAAUCUCUCUCUCUCUCUCUAUCCAGGUCUGUUCAAAUCUCUCUCUCUCCUCUAUCCUGGUCUUAUUCUUUUUCUCAUUAUUAUUAUUAUUAUUAUUUUUUUCUUAAUCUUUUUCUCUUCCCCCUCUUUUGUUCACUUUCCUUCUUUUCUUCUCUUUCUUUCCCCCUUUUGUUCUCUUUCUUUCCUCCUUUUAUUUUUCUUCUCUUUUUUUCUUUUCUUUUUUCUUUUUCUCUUUUUUCUUCUCUUUUUUAUUUUUCUUCUCUUUUUUAUUUUUUCUCCUUCUCUUUCUUUUUCUUCUUCUCUUUUUAUUUUUCUUCUUCUUAUUAG